GUCCAGGACUCGGACGCUCCCUCCAAUAUCCGACCGAAAUUAGACUAUUUUGAAAGACAAAUCAAUUAGGCUGUGUUGAGUGUGUACCAUGGCGGUUUCUCUCACAGUCUGAUCAAAACGAAACCUAAUUUUCCACCAUGGACGGAGGAGGAGGAGACAAGGGCUCGCCCGCAUCGAAGCCCUCGAAGUUCGCGGUGUACCAGAACCCAGCCCUUUCCGCUGCCCUAACCACCACCAGUCUCCGCCCUUCUAAGUCCACAUUCAUCCGCAUCCUAACCCUCUCAAUCGCCUCCGCCGUCGCUCUCCUCAGCUUCAUUGCCAGGGAAAAUGGGAUUAUUGACUGUUUGAGACUCAGAUAUGUUUCUGAAGAGGUUGCUUAUUUUUUUGCCAAAGCAAUGCAAACUAUGGUGGGUUUCUUUCUAAUUGGAACCAUGCUUGCCCUUGUAAAAGCUAUUCUCCUGUGGAGAGAAAAGAAUGCUGGUUUGACAUUUAUAUCACCAUCUAAAGGAUUGAAGGAGCAAACAUGUCUUACAAACCGACAACUAGGGCUUUUAGGAAUGAGGCCAAAGGUUGAACAGGUUUCAUCUGAACCUUCAAAGAGACCUCCUAAAUCCAAAUCCAACACAGCAUCUCCUCUGGAUGUUCUUGUCCCACUUCAUCAGUCAGUUAUUACUUCAAAUCGUUCAUCUCGUAUUAGUGGCAACAAAUCAAAUUCCAAUAGCGGGAGUAAGAUGCACUCUUUCAAUACGCCAUCCAAAUCACCGAGUUCUUCAUCACCAUUAUUUCUUGCCCCUGCAGCUGCUUCUCAGUUACCUUCUAAUCAGACUUCACCAGGUUUCGAUCAAUUAGUCACCACCCCUUGGUUGAAUAAGCGAACCUCCUUUUCUAAAGAGAUAACGACAGAAGAAAGGCUUGAGCAGUUUUUGGUUGAUGUUGGCGAGAAAAUAUCUGAAUCAGCUAGUAAACUAGCAACUCCACCGCCCACCAUUAAUGGGUUUGGCAUAGCCAGCCCUAAUACCAUUGCAAGUUCAGCUAACACCUCUGGAACUACAAGAAGUACACCGUUGAGGCCUGUCAGGAUGUCACCUGGUUCCCAGAAGUUCAGCACUCCCCCUAAGAAAGGAGAGGGUGACUUUCCACCACCUAUGUCCAUGGAAGAGUCAAUUGAAGCUUUUGAGCAUCUGGGCAUUUAUCCUCAGAUUGAGCUAUGGCGUGACCGCCUUAGACAGUGGUUUUCUUCUCUUUUGCUAAAUCCUCUACUUAACAAAAUUGAAACCAGUCACAUCCAGGUAAUGCAAGCAGCUACUAAACUUGGUAUCUCAAUUACAAUCAGUCAAGUCGGCAGUGACCUAUCAACUACGGGGACUUCUACUACUGUCUCUCCAAUUGAGAGGACUAAUGAAUGGCAGCCAGCAUAUACUCUUGAUGAAGAAGGACUUCUUCAUCAGUUGCGUGCUACUCUUGUGCAAGCUCUUGAUGCUUCAAUGCCAAAGUUGCCUUUGGGGAGUUUUCAACAAUCCCCACAACAGAACCCUUUGAUCCCUAUUAUACAGGAGUGUAUUGAUGCCAUCACUGAGCACCAGAGGCUUCAUGCCUUAAUGAAAGGAGAGUGGGCUAAGGGUUUGUUACCCCAAAGCAGUGUCCGUGCAGAUUAUACGGUACAAAGAAUUAGGGAGCUUGCGGAAGGAACCUGCUUAAAGAACUAUGAAUAUCUAGGAAAUGGGGAAGUUUAUGACAAAGUGAACAAGAAGUGGACUCUGGAGCUUCCUACUGAUUCUCACUUGCUCUUGUAUCUAUUCUGUGCUUUCCUGGAACACCCAAAGUGGAUGUUGCAUGUGGAUCCUACAUCUUAUGCAGGAGCACAGUCUAGCAAGAAUCCUUUAUUUCUGGGUGUUCUGCCUCCAAAAGAAAGGUUUCCUGAAAAGUACUUAGCUGUCAUAUCUGGUGUGCCUUCUGCCCUUCAUCCAGGAGCUUGUAUAUUGGCUGUUGGAAGGCAAACCCCCCCGAUCUUUGCAUUAUACUGGGAUAAGAAGCCACAGUUCUCUAUUCAGGGAAGAACAACACUAUGGGAUUCCAUAUUGCUUAUGUGCCAUAGGAUUAAGAUUGGAUAUGGAGGGAUAGUUCGGGGCAUGCAUCUUGGUUCGUCAGCUUUACGCAUUCUCCCAGUUCUUGAUCCGGAAACUGAAAACUAAGAAACUUGCAAGGCAUGUUGUGGUUAACUCUGAAGUACAGAGGACUAAUAUCAAUGUAUGCAUGUCAACAAGGCAUGAUGAUCCUUCUGAACAUGUUGGGCCAGAUGAAACUCGCGAGACGUGCAUCGAUGCAAGACUCCUAGCUACAACUUUUUUUUUUUUUAAUUUGCAUGCUCGAGAAGUCCGAUCCUUUUAGAGAUGCCCCUUUCGCGGUCCUUUGAUGAUAACUUGAAGUUGCACUUCUGGUUGUUCUAAUUAUAAAACUUGAGGUGACAGCUCGUAGCAGAGAAUUGGAGAAUAGUUUAUGUUUUGUGAUGGUAUUUCUUCUGGUCUGUACUUCUUACAGACUCUUACUUUUAUUUUUACCCAGGGCUAAAAGUUUAUCAUCCGAUGACAUCACAUUGUGAUAACCCUGUUUGUUA